CCCGGAGGAGUUUUGCAACUCCCAUUCACCUUCAGCCGCUCUUCCCUGGAGCCAGGGCCGAGCUCUCCCAGGAAGCCGAAGCCCAGGGCUGGUGUUGGGGACAGCGGUGGCUCCGCAGGGACAGUGGCUGCAGCUCUGUGGUGGCUCUGCAGUGACUGGGGAGGCUCAGGGACCCGCAGGUGACCCGGGACAGGAGGGACAGUGACAGGGAGAAGGUGCAGAGCCCCAGGGAGCAGCUGGAGCAGAGACACGGCCAUCACCUGCCCCAGCACCCUCAUCCCCAGCCUGGGGGACACAUCCAGCGCCUGUCCUGACUGUGCCAGCACCCUGUAAGGAGCCGGUGGCACCACCAUGUCCCAGGCAGGAGGUACAGCAGAGCCCUGGGUGUGUCCCCAGGGGGGCACUGGGGACCCCAGCAAUGGAGCUGAGGAGGCAUUUGAACACCGUGACGUGGUCAUCAACAGCCAGGACAAGGUUUCGGAUGUGUACACACAGCUGGAGAAGCUGGGGCAGGGGAAAUUCGGGACCGUGUACCGGCUGCAGGAAAAGGCCACCGGCAAAAUCCGGGCUGGGAAAUAUUUCCGGACACGCACGGCGAAGGAGAAGGAGGCGGCUCGGGCUGAGGUGGAGCUGAUGAACCUCCUGCAUCACCCACGCCUCGUGCAGUGCCUCGACGCCUUCCAGGGCCCCGCCGAGCUGGUGAUGGUGAUGGAGUAUGUGGAGGGUGGGGAGCUCUUUGAGCGCAUCGUGGACGACGACUUCGAGCACACGGAGCCCAGCAGUGCCCAGUACGUGCGGCAGAUCCUGGAAGGGCUGCAGUUCAUGCACGGCCAGGCCAUCGUCCACCUCGACCUCAAACCCGAGAACAUCGUCUGCGUCAGCCCCAGCAGCCACUGGAUCAAGAUCAUCGACUUUGGCUUGGCACGGAAACUGGCUCCAGACACCCCUGUGAAGGUGUUGCACGGCACUCCUGAAUUCAUGGCUCCAGAAGUGGUCGCCUUUGAGCCCGUGAGCUUCUCCACAGACAUGUGGAGCGUUGGUGUCAUCUGCUACAUCCUGCUGAGCGGGGAGUCGCCCUUCCAGGGGGACACCGACAUGGAGACACUGAGCAAUGUCACAGCUGCCCAGUGGGACUUUGAGGAGGAGAUCUUCUCGGAGAUCUCCCAGCAAGCCAAGGACUUCAUCAGCCAGCUGCUGCAGAAGGACCCCCGCCGGCGGCUCCCGAGUGCGGGGGCUCUGGUGCACCCCUGGCUGCAGCAGCCCCAGCCCAGCAGCCCCAAGGCGCUGUCCAAGGAGAGGAUCAGGCAGUUCCUGGCACGUCGGAAGUGGCAGAAAACUGGGAAAGCCCUGCUGGCUCUCAAGAGGCUGACCCUGCUGUCCCAGAGCCCGGAGGGGAAGGCAUCAGAGGCUCAGGAUGAGGAAGGCCUGGAGAAGGAGCAGCCCUCUGGGGCUCUGCCCCAACGAGGUCCCAGCCCCUCGGAGCUGCUGACGGAGCAGGAGGAGGAGGAUGGUGGGAGCAUUGCAGCCUCAGGGCAGUGACAGCGUGGCCCUGUCCCCCCCAUCCUGGAUCACCUGGAGAAGAUGGGGAUGGUGCCCCCUCCAGCAGCUCCCACAGUGCCCUGGCCAGCCUGGAGCAGACCCAGACCCCCCUGUGGGUGAGCUCUGGGGUCCCAAGGUGUCCCUGCAAGGAAUCCAGGCACCACCAAUAAAGCACUGACAAUCUCUGCA